GUAGACAGCUGAGCGGAGCCAGCCAGAGCCAGGCAGUCAGUCACACACACACAGUGUAGUGCGGGAGCUGGUGGGAGGCGGUGGUGGGCUCGAAUCGUGCGUUUGAAAGCUAGUAGGCGCCCCGUCCUCUCAUAACUGUCUGCCUUUCGCUCUCUGUUUUCUUAUAUUUCUUGAUAUAUUAAGUGUGUAAGCUUUGUGCUAAAGUGUGUAUCAACUAACUGUGUGUGCUCAAGUUAUUUAUAGAACUUUAGUUAUAAAUACGUGUAUCUAGAAUCCGUCUAAAAGUACAUACAAAUAUAUUUAUAAAUAUUUAAGCUAACACAAGUUCCAUGGAUAAUCUGCUGUGAUCUUCAUAUAUUUUGUGGUGAAACAUUGCCUUCGUCGCUUUCUGGAUUAUCUCCUUGCACUGAAGAUAAGUGGCAUCGACAUCGUGGAUAUAUUGUACCCCUCGACUGUUUUAGGCUAUUAGGCUAAGUCCGAAGAGUGCCUUAUCUUUAGACAGAUAUAAUAUUGCUUAUUUAUUAAAUUAUAAAAACGUCGAUUGUGAUAACGUUGCAAACAAACCUGUGAUACGUGUUGCGAAACAACAGAAAAGGACUUGUCCACAUUGCCUUCCUAUAGUGGAUUACGUAUUGAAGCUUCAUUGGGUGAUCUUUCCAUUGGUAGAUAGAUAUCUGGACUAAGCAAGAGAUCUGAAAUCCCCUUGCUGUGUCAUCGGAAAACCUAAAGUGUGUUAUAUGGUUUACGAGGAGUGUAGUGUUGGUGAGGUAGAGAGGAGGGUGUACCCGGAUCUCCUUUGCAGAGGAAGGGGAGGGAGUGGAGUAUGGUGGGGAGUUGGAAGGACUAGCAGCGCUGUCGCAACACCACCACCAUCACCACCAUUACCUCCACCAUCACCAUCAUGUCCCAUCAACACCUUCGUUUCGUUUGCUCCUCACUUGCCCAGUCUUCCACUUAAUAAAAUGACGAUUGUAUCACAGCAGCCCCCAGAUGUGGUGUGCGUGGCGGUGGGUGAGCGCGGGGUAGUGGGCAGUGGGUGCCUUCUGAGCGCUAUGUCAGGGGUGGAGGCGCCACCAGAGGCCGCCCCAUCACCGCCGCCCUCGUCACCACACCCCGCUCACCACACCGCCCACGACGAUGACCUUCCUGUCACUACUACCACAGCUACCAGCAACACCGCCGUCGUCUCCAGCAGCGAGUCGUUGGCGCAAGGGCUUGUGCGCUCGCGAAGGAAACUCGAGAAUGAAGACAGCUCGUAUGACAGUGACUUCGAGCCCUGCGAGUGGACGCCGGCGUCCCCGAGACCCGAAGAUGAUCAGCACGAUGACGUGUGUCGUACAGUGUCCGACACCCUGGGUGCUGAGUUCGCAGAAUAUGUCACCAUCAAGCAUGGCAACCCCGCCACCACAUCAUCAGUCAUCACCAGGACAGAUACGGCUCCAUCUUCAACGUCCUCCUCCUCAUCACACACUACUCAUCUCAUCACAUCUUCAAGCAGCAGUAGUAACGUGGCCGUUGCCACGGCCGCCGUCAUCACCACCACUAGUUCAGUCGACGCCAGAAUCCCCUCAACAACUAUUGCCGCCCCCCUCACCACUUCCGUCAACAUCGCAACGCCAACUGUCCUCACCACAACCACUGUCGCCACAGUUUCCACAACUCAAGUCAGCUCGAGUACGAGCAGCAAAGAAGCUGCCCAAGGGAGUCCCGAUGCCCGGGCCACAUCCCCGGCGGUGAGGUUACCUUCGUCGUCACCACCUCCGACGUCGUCGUCGUCGUCCUCUGUUGGACCUCCGUCUGUAUCUGUAACCCCACCCGCCCCUGUAGUUGCAACCAUGCCUCCUGCCGUUACCAUAAUCCAGACCCCUACUGCCGCGUCAGUGCCCUGCAGCAGUAGUGCGAGUUCGUGUAGUAGUAGUAGUUGUAGCAGUAGUCAAACUCCAGCAGUCACGAUCACGAGUGAUUCCGCUUCUUCACCCACAUCAUCGUCAUCUUCAUCAACCUUAGCUUUGUCAUCGUCAGAAGUGUCCUCGGGAGUUUCUUGGGUCAUCCAUCACUCAGGGUACGCGUCCCAAGUUGAAUUCGGUGUGAAGCUAGGCUAUUCCGAAGCCCUCGUGCAACAGGCUCUCAUCAAGUUCGGAGGAAUACCCGACAAAGACGAACUGUUGGCGGAACUCAUCAGACUGGGGACGAGCCAAGGGCGGUCGGAAGGAGAUGAUGUCGCUGCUGAUGAUUUAGUCGAUAUUAAGGAAGAUUCUGAACAACAGCAGCAGUCGACGCUCAAACCUAUUAUUAUUGACGGCAGUAAUGUGGCGAUGAGACAUGGGAACAAGACUGUGUUUUCCUGCCGUGGUCUACGGAUCUGUGUAGACUGGUUCAGAGCACGUGGUCACAAUGAGAUAACAGUUUUCGUACCUGCUUGGAGGAAAGAGGCGCCCCGCUGGGACACACCUAUUACAGAUCAAGAAAUUCUUUUAGAUCUGGAACAGGAGAAUGUCCUAGUAUUUACUCCCUCCAGAGUAUGUGGUGGAAAACGUAUAGUGUCUUACGAUGAUCGCUAUAUUUUGAAUGAGGCUGUAGAAACUGGUGGUGUAGUUGUAAGUAAUGAUAAUUAUAGAGACCUAGCAGCUGAAUCCCCAGCUUUUCGGAAGGUCGUAGAAGAAAGCUUACUCAUGUAUUCAUGGGUUAACGGACGAUUUGUGCCUCCUGAUGAUCCUCUAGGCCGAAAUGGACCAAUUUUGGAUGCAUUUCUUCGGAAAACGCCCAAAGAUCGCCAAGCUCCAUGUCCAUACGGGCGUAAGUGUACCUAUGGCAACAAAUGUAAAUAUAUGCAUCCUGAACGUGGAACAGCGCCAUUGAAAUCUGUUACUGAAAGAUUACAAGAGCAGGCACAGAGACAUUAUCAGAAAAAGGCCAACAGUAGAGAUUCCUCACCUGGAGAUGGACUACGUUUGAAAAGCUUGUCUUUGCCUGUUGGUGUAGCAGAUAGCGAUGUUGCAAAAAAGCCUUUGCAGCGAACACAGUCAAAUGUUCCUUCAGUCUCACUCACUUUACCAUCAGCUCUUACGCAAGAAACUCCCACACAUGAUAUGGGUCCUAAUACCACAACAUCCUCAGCGUCUCAUACUCGUCAUCUCAUGGCUCCACAGAUGGAAUCCCAUCCUCUUGAUCCUCUUCAUAGUUCAACGAUGUUCAAGAGUGAAUCAUCUUUAUAUCACCUGUAUCCUUCACAAGGUCAUCAGGCCAGUUAUGGUUCCUCAACUUGGGGUUGGGAUGGCCAGAAUACCAUACCCAAUCCUCAAGCAGGUCCAUCCCACAGUCAACCUCAAAGUUAUGGCGCCCAUAUGCCUCUCACAAAGAACUUGUCUGAUCCUGACUCCAUUUCAAGUGAUAAUCCACACAAAAAGUUACAGCGUCAGCUGACAUUAAAUCCAACAUAUGAUUCUCGUCUUUAUAAAAUUGUUGGGUUUAAAGAACCUGCUCCCGAACUGUUUCCCUUAGCACAGCAGCAACAGCAACAAGCUGUUGGACAGGUAUCUCCAAGUAGGUCAGUGAAACGUGAUAGUGAAAACCUUAUGUACCCUCAAGUGACAGGUCGUGUGUCCCCCGGGUAUUCAUCGCAGUUUGGAAGCAGAGAGCAGCUAGCAACAGGAGGACUUCAUCCACCUCUAACAAGACAUUCUUCUUCUCAAGAAAGUGCAAAACAUAUGACAUCUUUACCGGGGCAUCUCUAUCCACCUUACUCACAUCCACAUGUAACCAGAUUUGCAUCAGCUCCUGAUCCAAUAUGGGGAGGACACCAGCAGCAGCCAACCACAGGACCUCCACCCAUAGCUCGAUUGAGUUCAACAUCGGAUACAAGACUCAAUCUUUAUGGUUGUGGCACAGAUGCUCCAUUUAUUUCUGAGAGUUAUGAUGAACAACUAGCGAGAUUGCCUCCUUUUCAUUCUGCCCCUACACACAGUCCUGUACCAGCUGCUCCAUCACCAGGUCCUAUUGGAUCUCGACCAAUGUCUCCUCAGCAAGGUCCUGUACAUCUACCUGCUGGUGUAUCAUCGCGACCACUUAAACCUUCACAGCAGCAUCUGCCGUCUCAGCAGACACCAGGUUUCUCUAAUCCUAUUACUGGUGCUGCUAGCCAUGAAGAUGCGCGUUUACGUGUUUACUACCAUUUGUCAAAUCUUUUCCCCGAAGCACAAGUACGAGCUGCGCUGGCUAUGUAUCCUGAAGAGACUGAUCCUUAUAAAAUAUGCACAUCAAUAUUCUCUAUUAACCCUGGUCCUGUUGGGUCUCGUCCAAUGUCACCCCAGCAACCUGCACAGUCUACUGUUAGUCAUCAGGCUCAAAAUAUUCCAGUACGUGGUUCCUCCCCCCUCACUGCUGGUUUUUCAAGUCCUCUUUCAAUGCCUGCAUCUUCACACGAGGAUGCACGAUUACGUGCGUUCUAUCACCUGUCACAGCUUUUUCCUGAAGCGCAAGUGCGUGCUGUAUUAGCCAGAUUUCCAGAUGAAACAGAUGCACAGACUUUGUGUGCCACUUUGAUAGGGCUUAGUGGCAAUCAGUCCUGAAAGUUUGCACAAACAAAUAAUCAGAAAAUCGAAGACAUCAUAGAGGCCCACUGUUGCAACAUAUCAGGACAUAUAGUGUAACCUGAAAUUUUUAUAUACAAAAAAAUUAUAAAAAAAAAAAAAGUUUUGCUUAUGCAAUGUUAGUCUUACUACUUGUAAUCCCCUUGACUAAAAAUGUGGAAAAGGCAGAGUUUUGGGUAUGGGAUUUGUGUAUGCAUAAAUUUUCAUUCCAGGAUGAUAAGUUUAUUUAUGGUAGAUUUUAAAUAAAAUGUGUUAGUUUGUUGUACUUAGAAUGCGAAGUACUAUUACUGAGUGAGGCUUAUAGUAUUUGUACAUAUCCAGGAAAAUACUGUAAGAAAAUUACAAGUCAUGAGCUCUGUUGCAAUACGAAAAAUAAAUUCAAGCUUUAUUUACUGUGCAGUACAUGUAUUUGGAGAAGACUAACACAGUGAAGAGCAAAAAAUGAAAAAAAGGACCAUCAGCAUUGGCAAAUCAAAGCCUUGGCAAUUUUUUUUUUCCAGAGAAAAGUACACAUGUGUAUCAUGCCUGCAGAUAUGAUUAUCACUUAAUUUGCUACUGUAGUAGUUUAUAUUUUAUUUUGGGUACUAGCACUGCUACAGUUGCUACACACUUAAUUCAGGAUGACUAGCUUCGGUUAUGGUUCUUCUGUUCUUUUAAGUGUAUUAUGAAUGUCAUUGUCUCCAGGACAUAGAGAGAUAGAUCUUGGAAUGCAAAGGUUUACUAUGAUCUAUAUUUAAUAUGAAAUACGUGUAUUUAGAGCUGUUGUUGUGUAUUCAAGGAUGAGAAUGCAAGUAGAUUCCUUAGCCCAAGUUGGUGUGUGCCAUAAGCUGUCAUGGCUUCCAGUAUACCCAGCACAAUUGUGAGUUGGAAAUGAUUUGCUGGUGCUAUGCUGGUUUGGAUUGCGAGGCUUGUACCACUAGUUACAUGAAACGAUUUGCUCAGCAUCUAGAUACUGCUAGUAUUCUUAAAGAAUUGUCAGGGAAUCAUAAGAUAUGGAAAAGGCAUGAUACUGUAAGAAGCUGGAAAGAUGAACCAUGAGAAUAGCUUUGUACUUAGUGUUGACAGUGUUGAUGUUUUGGUAAGCUGCAAGACUUAGUCAUUGAGAGUAACUAAUAGGAUGAGUGAGUUGGCACAAACCUAUCAGGUGGAACAGAUUAUUUUUUUUAUUCAGAUACGAUGUUACUAUUAUUGCAAACUGUAAUACAAAGGGUUUUGUUUUCGCUACCCUUUUCUCUCCUCUGAUGCAGCAUGUGUGCGUGUGUGUUUGUGGAAGCCACAGGAAAGUGUGACAACUGAGUGAGGUUUUGGUUCUGAGGUCAAUUCACCACCUCAAGUUCAUUGUUUUUGGGAGCAUCUGUUAAUUAUCAGUUCUUCUUAAAAUGAAUUUUUGAUGAGGCUGGUAUAAAUGCAGACCUUUCAGUGUCACACUUUUAAAGAUGGCUGGAGUGAAGCGUGACAUUACAAUACUAUGUAUUGUGGGCUGUAAUGGGUGUGUACCCAACCAUGUGUUGCUAUAUCCAGUGCCCUCUCUUGUUACUUUGUUGAUCGUGAAGCCACUGUCAAAAUGCUACUUCAGCAUUCAUUCUUCCAGUUGUGUGAGUGUGCCAGUAAAUUGUGGGGUAUGCAUUCCUGUACAAGUGGCUUCUGUUCAACUCAGUGCUGAAUUUGUGACAAGAGGCAUGCAGUGGAUAUAGCCAAUCCGCUUACUAGCGGCAACUAUGUAGCUCAUAUUGAUCUUCAGGGCCAUAUGUACCUCUGUAAAUGCUUUUCAUUUAUGUUGAAAAGCUAAAUUAGUAGAGAAUUUUUUCCCAUUUUGGUUUGAAUACACUAAUUUGCAGUAGUGUGACAAGGUACAUCACUGGUAUAUGAUUAUGUAUUAUUAGUUAUGCUUUUUUAUAAAAAGUUGUGGAAAUAUUGUAUAAAUCAUUUAUUACUGAAUUUAAGGUUUGAUUCAAGUUAUACAUAAUAAUUCUAAAACAUCCCAUUUUGUAAAUCAUGAGGUGGCCCUUCUUGGCUUUCUACACUUAUCUUCCUACACUCUAUGAAUAAAAAGAAUUGAAAA